UUCAAAAUUUUACCCGAAUAAACAUUUUAAGUAAAUUGUAUUUGUGCCGAACGUUAAUCGCGCUUUGGACACUCAAAAUAUCGAGCUGUGUCAUCGGCAGGAUCAGCAGGAGAUUUGUCGGCCAGCAGACAGGGAUACACGACACUUCCAAGGAUCGCUUCUUGAGUUCUCCAUUGGCAACGCACACGAUUCGGAGCAGUUUUCGAUUCCCCUUUCGGUCCACUGUUUUGACUUGCUGUUCAUAACAAAUUGUUCGGGUUGAUUUAGUCUUUCGGUUUUUAACAAGGAAAGCAGACUCCGCAUUUCUUUUGUUUUAUUUUUUACUACACAUUUUGAGUUGGUAUACCAAUACAUUUUUGAACAUUUUAUUUUUUGGACACUUGACAAAACUUCUGAACGUAGUGACUCCAAAUUCUUUAGAGACCCCAACAUACACACACAUCCUAAAGAGAGAGUUGGCCGUAAAUCGUGAAACGAAAAGCAGUUGUCAAAAUUGUGCAGAUACUAAUCGCGCGUAUACAUAGUAUAGUAUAGUAUAUCUGGUACUAUAUACCUCUAAACACUAUGCGUGGACAACUGUUGCUGAAGGGACCGGCAUUGGCGAGGAGUUUGAGCCGAGUUCGAGUGCCGACGUGUCAAAUAGGAUCGGUUCGCCAUGUGACCGCUGGUUGUGGAGCAGGAGAUGCCGUAAAGGGCGGCAAGGGAAUCGUCCUGGGACUCUACGAAAAGGAAUCGGGCAAGGGUCCGCGACUAACGCCGGCGGGCGAGAAGUUCGACGAUCGCGUCCAGGGCAAACUAUCCGAAUUGGUCUGUGAGACCAAGUUAACUGGGCGACUGGGUCGCGGCAAGGUCUUCAAUAAUGUGGACAACGAUUUUCGGUCGAUUUGCGUGGUCGGCGUUGGCCUCGAAGGCAUAGCCUUCAAUGAACUGGAGAUGCUCGAUGAGGGAAUGGAAAAUGUCCGCAUUGCCGCUGGAAUUGGUGCAAGAUCUCUGCAGAGUAUAGGCUGCUCUGAAGUCCACGUAGACAAUAUGGACUAUGCGGAGCAGGCUGCCGAGGGAGCCGCCCUGGCCAUUUGGCGUUACGAGGAGAAUCUGGCGAAAAAAUACCGCAGCACUAUACCAAAACUAGAGCUGCACGGUUCACCGGAUGUCGAGUCCUGGACGAGGGGUUUGUUCAAGGCGGAGGCACAGAAUUUGGCGAGGAGAAUCUGCGAUGCGCCGGCCAAUUGUAUGACCCCAACUAUUGUGGCCCAAGCGGCGGUGGAUGCCCUCUGCCCCUGCGGCAUCACCGUGGAGGUUCGAACCAUGGAGUGGAUUGAACAGCAGCAUUUGAACUCAUUCCUGAUGAUCGCCAAGGGCAGCUGUGAGCCACCCGUCCUCCUGGAGGUCGCCUAUUGCGGCACUGCGCCCGAGGACAAGCCCAUUCUGCUGGUGGGCCAAGGGAUUACCUUCAAUUCAGGUGGCAUCAAUCUGCGUCCCUGCAAGGGAAUGGACGAGUUCCGCGGAGAUCUCACCGGUGCCGCCUCCAUUUUGGCCGCCAUGCGGGCAGCUGCUGCUCUAUCUUUGCCCAUUAAUAUCACGGCUGUCAUACCACUUUGCGAAAAUUUGCCCUCUGGAAUGUCCUGCAAGCCGGGCGAUGUGGUCACCCUGCUGAAUUCAAAAUCCCUGGCCGUGCGUAAUAUUAGCCGAACUGGAGUGGUGGUCAUCUCGGAUCCAAUGCUCUAUGGACAGAUCACCUACAAACCGCGACUCGUCGUGGAUGUUGGUUCAAUGUGCAAGGGCGUCAAGAAGGCGGUGGGCGGUGGAGCCACGGGCAUCUGGUCGAAUUCGCACUACAUCUGGAAACAGUUCCAGAGGGCCGGUUCCCUGACCGGCGAUCGUUUGUGGCGCUUCCCCCUGUGGCGCUACUACAAGGAUCGUGUGGCCGAGCAUUUGAGCUUCGAUCUCUUAAACGACGGCGAGGGUUAUGCCUCGUCCUGUCUGGCUGCCGCUGUUCUCCACGAACUGGUGCCCUGCAGCGAUUGGGCCCAUUUGGACACCUAUGGCACUGGAUUGCUAAGCACCUAUGGACUAAUACCCUAUCUCACAGCUGGACGGAUGACUGGCAGGCCCACAAGGACUCUGGUGCAGUUCCUCUACCAAAUCGCCUGCCCCGAACAGCCCAAAUAAGUUCUAAUUUUCGAUGUCGGGAUGACUACGAUUACGUUUUGGUUCUGGUUCUUUGACAGGCGACUCUGGACGCCCCGGGAAUUGAAUAUUUGGCUUCAAAUGUGUAUAUAUACAUAUAUAGAUGUGAGAUGACAAUGGUGAUGAUAAUGUGUUCACCCAACGUUUUUAGCUUCUGACCGACGUCCCAGGACUAAGGGAUACCAGACCUUGUUCAAUGUUUGUAUUUAAUGUUUAUGACUCGGCCGCAUCCCGGGGCUGAGUUGGCUGGCAGAGAGUGUCUCGAGUCCAAGAAUAUCUAAAUUGCCACAGAUAAAUCAUUGUACUAUAAUCAUUCAUAAUUAUUUUUGGCUAUCGACCAGAUGUAAUAAAUUGUAGGGUCAUUAAAGAAAUCAAAAAA